UCCAUAACAACCCGCAGUGCUGCUUUCAGUACAGUGGCAACUUACACGUUGAAUGUGCAUAAUGUGUUCUGUCUAGACAAACUAAGGAUUCAAGGCUAUAUAAACAAACUUUUCAGGAACAUUUCAAGAUGACCGACUCAAUACAUGACAUGGAUGUUAAAGAUAAAGAUAAACUAGGUAUGAGUGAGUUGGAGGCUGUGGUGGAGGAAAACAAGGAACUGUUAGAUCACAUAGACUGGCUGUGUAACAGCUGGGAUCGUGAAGAUGUUGAGAGAAUAUUGUUGUUUGGUAACAUAGGUGCCGGCAAGAGCUCUAUUGUUAACACCAUUAUAAAAGCACUAUCUGGAAUGUAUAUACCAAAGGCUAAAGUAGGACAAGGUUCAACACAGUCUAAAACGUUUUCUUUGGACAGGUAUGUAAGUUGUGGUGUUACUGAAGAAUAUAUGGGUGAUACAGAAAGACAAUACUUACACUGCGAGUCUUUGGUUGGCUUGCCUACAAUAUUUGAUGUGGCGGGGAAAAGUAAUACAGACAGCGCGGAGUUAGACGAGAUUCUAGAACUUCUAAUAGGAGGGCAUGUUCAACCUGGUACCAGCAUUGAAGCAUUGACAAAAUUACAAGAAGAGCAUAAAGUUGGCAGCUUAAAGGAAACCAUAUUAAAGAAAAGCAGAGAGAAAUGGAGGAUGACAAAGAUCGUCUUUGUUCACAGCUGCCGAGAGAAGAAAGUUCCGGAUAAAUUAAUUGAUUGCCUUUUACGAAUACUGCGGAAGACUGAUCCUAGAACAGCGAUGCCUAAAUAUUCUGCAUACGUCUAUGUAGUCCUGACCAAAUAUGAUCUGGUUAAAGAUGAAAACAGCUUUAAAUGGUCUUCUAAUGAACCAAAGGUUACUUACGAGGAGUUCCGAGAAAUUGAGAAGGAAAUUGAACAGAGGUUUAGUAUCCAAGGUUCGCUAGAAGAUAACAGAACAAGAUGGGUGAGUUAUUCCGAUGCAACAGGUAAAGACAACCCAUAUAUUGACAACAUAGCAUUAAAGUUUAUAAAACGCAUGCUUAUGGUGAGAAACGAUGAAGCCAAGUCCGUUAAAACGGUGAUGUCAACGUGGACACUGAUGAACUUGAACAUGAAAAGGUAUUGGCAAAAUGCCAAACGCAGCUUAGAAGAACGUCAGUUUACAAUCAGCUUAGGGACAUUGGCAAUGGGCAUUGUAUUUGGAAUAUUUGCAUUGGCAAUGUUGUGUAAAGUAUACAUCAUGUUAAAAGCACCACCUUCGGGACACUCCAGAGACAGAGAAUACUACUAAUAAAAUCUCCUGUUAUUGUAAAGUACCAGCAGUACCAAUAGUUAAUGACAUUAAUAUAGAUUUAUUCAAGUAAAUUCCAGAAGGGACAAUAUAUUUACAAGUAAUUAACAUAUUAACAUAAAAUGAAUACAUG